AAUGUACGUCAUAUUUUCAUUUCGUCGAGAGAGUAUGUCGGUUGUUGUGUUUAUUGAUUGAAUUUACUCGUGAAUCGUGAUAUCACUACAUCAGUUGAAAUUAGUUCCCUGAUGCGUGUAGUUAUUCGGAGAGCUCAUAUUUAUUUCCAUUUGCUGCUAAAUAAAACAGCAAAGUUUAGUACUUUGCCAUAAUUAUUAUUAUAGGCGAGCAUUUCUAACAUUCCAAGUUUUUUUAAAUAUGGAGAGUUUGUAUAACAUAUUUGUAAUAUUCUUCUUUCUAUUUAUUUUUAAAACCUCAGAUGUAUUAACUUUCGAAGUGGAUACAUAUGAUUUUUUGAUGCCUAACGUUCAUCCCCACAGGGACGAGCUCUACCUAUGUACUCCAAUCAGAAUAUCACCUAACCAAAACUUUUAUAUUGUGGGAUUCAAACCAAAUGCAAGCAUGCACACCGCUCAUCAUAUGCUUCUCUAUGGAUGCUCAGAACCUGGGUCCAACGACCCGGUAUGGAGUUGCGGUGAAAUGCAGAGCAACGAAGUCGAUAAGCUGUACACCACAGCUAGUCCGUGCCGAUCGGGUUCUCAGAUUGUGUACGCCUGGGCUCGAGACGCACCAAGUCUGGAGCUUCCCAAAGAUGUCGGCUUUUUAAUUGGACAAGAUUCACCAAUCAAAUACCUCGUAUUACAAGUUCAUUAUAUGACUAAAUUUCCAGAAGGAAAAACUGACAACUCGGGCGUGUUUUUGAAGUACACUCAAGAAACAAUGCCUCGUCAGGCAGGUGUAAUACUUCUAGGAACAAGUGGUGUCAUCCCACCAGAUUCUGUUGAACAUAUGGAGACAGCCUGUAUCAUGAAAGAAGAGAAGGUCAUACAUCCCUUCGCUUUUAGAACUCACACGCAUGGCCUUGGUAAAAAAGUGUCAGGCUACGUAGUUCGCAAAUCAAUGCAAGGCGACAAAUGGGAGUUGAUUGGAAGUAAGGACCCUCAGUUGCCGCAAAUGUUCUAUCCAGUAGUUAACACGGAUCCUAUUGGCAAGUUUGACGUACUGGCUGCCAGAUGUGUCAUGAACAAUACUAGGCAUGAGCUGGUUAAGAUCGGGGCAACGAACAGAGAUGAAAUGUGCAACUUCUAUCUCAUGUACUGGGUGGAGAAUGACACACCACUUAAAAUGAAGUACUGUUUCUCGUCGGGACCGCCGUAUUAUUAUUGGGGCAUGGGGCCAGAAAACUUCAACCGUAUACCCGAUCUCGACAAUACUGUAUAAAUAUCUUCGAUUUUGACGAAAAAUUUUGUCUCAAUACCUUUGAUUUGCACAAUGUUAUAUUGCGAUUUUUUCAGAUUAAAUGCCUCUGGUUCUCAUAAUUCAGCAUUGAUAAAGAAGCACUUGAUAAUUGAGAUUAUACGCGUAUCAAUGAUUACAUAUCAUAAACAAACAAACAAAACAUAUAAGUGAAAUAUUAUGUCGCUUAAACCAAGGUCGACUUUAAAUGUGACACCUACCUAUACUUUAAAAUUAGGACCAAAUUUUUCGUCAAUUCGUGCAAUUAGACCCAGUAGGUAAGUAAGUGUUUCUAGAAUAAUAUUGGAUCUGAGGUAUGAAAUAUAAUUUCAUUACCCUAUAUUUAAGUGUUAGGCAUUCCCAAAAAAAUAUAAAAAAAAUAUGCUCAGUGUUAAGACCGAUAAAAAAAUUGGUCUUAAUUGCACAAAGUAUAUGUGUAAUGUUGGACCCAUGUCAAUGUACUUAAUUCUAUUUUUCCAAAGAAAUUAAGUGUAUCAAGCUUUGUAUUUUUGGCAGAACGACACAAUAAUUAAUUAAAAACAAUUAAUAUAAGAUGUAUACAAAUACUUAAAUGUACGUGUAAAAAUGUUAACUAUAAUCGUGCGUCAUUAAAGUAUUUUGACUUAGCUUGGUACACUCUUUAUAGUAUAAGACAUAUUGGCAGCUAUACUAUUUUUCAAUACACGCCAAAUUAGUUAAUGGUUGUAGAAAUAACAUUCCGAUUAAUGAAAUCGUAGUUUUAAUAAAAAUAUAUAGAUUAUUUAUAUUUACUUUCUGUACUUAGACAUCGACUUUAGCUGCGCCUUAAGUUAUGUUUAAACUAGUUUCAAUGUUAACAUUCCUAUUAGUUGUCAAUGAAUUGUGACUGUUAAUCAUUGGUAAUGUCUAUUAAAUGCAAAACUGCUUAACAUUUUGUGUUAAUGCAUAUACAUUUGUUUCUUUAGCUACACCAUUUCAAUUAUUUUUAUUAUGUAGUUAAUGAUGAGAAAAACUGAAUGCAUGAGUAGUUUUAAUUAUUAUAAAUUAUUGAUUUUGUGCCCUUUAGAAAAUGGUCCUUCGAGCUGGAUUUGGAUUUAUUCGUGAAUAGAUCACUAAUCUAUUUUAACUAAAUAAAAAAUAAAUACUGUACCUAUAUUUCAUUACUAAUAAAUAAAUAAAAAAAAACAAUGUAAUAAGAGUAUUUAAUUUUCGAAGAAUACAUUUCUCUUUUAUAUCCGGCUCGAAGGACCAUGUGCUUUUAAAGAGUCGAUCGAUAUUUAUAACGAUGGUUAAAUUUAAACUUUAAUUCAUAUUGCAAUUGCAUUUUAUUAUAAUUUUAAUUAUAUAAUUGAGAUUAUUUUCGAAAAUCACAUUCCUCUAGUCAAUACUUAAUUUAGUCUAAAGUAUUAUAUUUUCUUUAAGUGAUACGAUAUAUUUUAUCAAAUUAAAAUUUCUGAAAAAGACAUUUCUGAAUAUUCCUAUGUAAAACAAUAAUUUCUAAGACUGUUGUUUUAAAGUAACAAAAUCCUUUAGACUUUCGUCAAUGUAUGCAAAUUUUAUAAUCUUUAGUUUAGAUUUUUACGAAUAUAUUUUAUUUAAUAUUUCAAGACUUCUAAGAUUUGUAGGGGACAGUGCAAAGCUCGAAUUUAUUAUGUUAAACGGUGUCGGAUACAAAGCGAACUUGAAAUAAUGGGAUAUUUAACAAGAUUAUAGAAAACCAUUUCAGAUUAUUUAUUAGUGUUUCAAAAUCUAUAGAUUUUUUAAAAUUCUUAUCGUCUUUAAACAAUAUAAUUUCAAGAGCCUGCCAAUGUUAUUUAAACAAAAUGGCGUCGCUAUGACCUACGUUUAUAAACACGAAAUAAAUGUUUUUACGUGUUAAUUAUCAUUCUUUAAAUACACAUAUUUUAUAUAUAUUUCGCUUAAUACAGUUUUCGACGGAAGUUAAUACCAACACAGGCCAUGACAUAAUUUUUAACAAUGCUACGUCGUCGUCGAUCUGAGUUAUUCGUAACGGUUUUGUCACGUGACCAACGUAUACAUUUAAAAUUAUAAAGUUUUUGAUAAAUUAACAAUAAUUUACAAGAUAUCAUAAAACUUAAAACCAUGUUAUAUAAAUAUUACUGUCAAUAACUCUUAUUUUUUAUGAUUUCAAUCAUAAUUAACUAGUUUCGUACCACUACUCACAGCAAAUAUAAAAACAAGCAAUUGCUUUAGCUCUAUAAUAUUUUGUUUUGCGACGUUUCGACUUUUACAGAUGAGACUUGAAAUUCAGUCGAAAAUUAAAUUAUUUUAAUUUUGUGUUUAUUUAAGUUCGUAUAGCAUUUUAGCAAGAUAUUAGCUAUUUUUCUACUUAAGAUAACAAAAAAAAACUUCUAAAAGCGCGUCAACGUCGUACGCGUGCUUGGUUUAAUUUUACUAAACAAAGUUUUUCAGGCACAGAAGGCUGACCACCUACUUGACUAUUCGAUUUACAAAUGAUCAUAAAACAGAUACAGAAAUCUGAGGCCCAGGCCUAAAAAAAAAAGAUAGCGCCAUUGAUUUUUUUAAUGGAAGUUUUUAAUCUAUAUUUGAUGUCUUGGUACCCUAGUAAUUAACAAUGACCUUUGGAACGAAAAUGGACUUCGAUGUAUGUAUAUCGUGUGCUUGUGACGUGACGACACGAAAGUGUCAGUAGAAUAGAGUAAGCCUAUACGACUACUAAUAAUUAUUCCGUUUAUUAUAAUUGCGUCUUUAACUCUUUGUUUUUAAGUGUAUUUUACAACACGAUAGUAAUUUUUUGAUAAAUUCGUUAUUAUCUUAAUAACAAAUAUUUAUGAAUGGAUUUGGUUAGACCAUAUCUUAGAUUAUAUAAGUACUUGAAUUUUAGUAAAAGUGAAAUUUAUUAUAUGAAAUAUUUUUUCUUUUCAAUGUUAGAGAUUUUUCUUAUUUCUGAUUUGAAUUUGUUGUUUAAUAAUGGUUUUUACUACGUGUCGUCGAUUCUUAAAACGGUACAGUUUUCUAUAUAAGUAACUGAUUAGUAACAAUAACAACUAUUAGAGAACUGAAAGACGCUGUUAAAUGGAUCUGAUUGUAAUUAAUUAUUGAAGAACGGUAAAUGAAUUUGUAAAAGAAAUAUAUGUCACCUUAAAAUUGUGAAUACCGUUAGGUUAUAAUCUAUCUAAUGAACCUCAUCGUACUGCUUACAAUUUAACGUAUUAUUAUUCGGUAGAUUGCAAUCUAUCAAAGUGAAACUGCCAAAUCGUGAAACGGAAUGCACCUCGCUCGCUGAUUGGUUGAACGAUUUGUUGUCGAAUUUAAACAGUGUUUUGGUGAAUGUAAAUUUGUUAAUUAUGAUGAAUUUACCAUAGAGUUACAAAACUAUUACAGUUGCGGUGUUUACAAUUUUACGGUGACAUAUACAGUAAGUUAGUUUUAAAGUCUGUUAAAACGUACUUUCUUACGUCUUUUAACCAUUUCAAAGCGCUUCACAAUCGACUUCAGGUACUUUAAGGAAAGAGCGUACCGAUUAUUAAAAGACCGGCUACGCACUUGCCUUCUGGUAGUAGCAAUCAGUUACAUCUGUAACUCUAUUGCGUUUUCAAUAACGAAAUUAUCGUCACCAUAACUUUUAAUUUACUUUUAUUUUUAUUUUAUUUUUAUAGAGAAUUACAGAGUACAUACAUAUUGUUUACGAUGUUUUCCCUUAAGUGUUAUUGCACAGAUUAUUAAAAUGUAUAAUUAUUUGACAUCUUCGUAUAUCAAUCUGUUGUCGAAUUUUAAAUGUACUGUCAUUCCUAUGUGUGAACCUCAUGUUUAAUAUGUGUAAUGUAGAAAUAAAGGCGUAUAUUUUA